AGAUGAGCUCCAGUUCGGUCGAUUUCUCUAGCACAGAGUUGUUUACUGUAUAACAUAUCAUCUGCUAGCUGUCAGCAUUUCCAUGAAGAAUUUUCAAAGGCCCGACGUUUAUCUAACAAAACUUCAUUGACCAGAACAUUUAUCCUCCUACCGUUAUCCACUAGUGCCAGUUAUAUGGUCGCUAUAAAUAUAGGUUGUUCCGUGACAUUUCAAGCAUCAAAUCGCACUUCCAUAUCGACGACGUUUUAUCUGUGAUAGUUUAAGUAGAGCACUGCUAGGAGAGAAGAAAAAAGUUAUGGAAGGUUUGAUUCCAUUUCUUAUCCAUUCAAUCAGGAAACAGAAGCCUCAGAACAGCUACAGGUCUCUCUCCAUGGGGUCGAGCCGUGGCUACCAUUUGUUGAUGGGAGGUGAAGGGGAGUCGGUUAAUGGUUCAUCUCAUCGACGAACCAGGUCAGACUACCAGCCACCACCCAUGGAGUCUUUGGAGCUGCGGACCAAUUUAGAUUUUCUCCGAUCUGGGAGCUUGAGGAAACGUUCAGUGAACUCUCCCUCAAUGACUGGCGGCUCGAAGUUUGAUGCAUAUCCUCAUCAAAUGGGCAAGCAAGCGAACAACAAAGCUAAUAUUCGACAAUAAGAGAUUCGAAGUAUCGAAGAUGACUGGACAGUAUUGUUCUUGAUUCUUUUGUAUUAUUACUUUAUAUCAUGUUCUUCUGUACUUUGUUGCAAGAUAAUUGCGUAUCCGAAAGGG